CGACAGAUCAGAAAAGAAAAAAAAAAAGAACAACACGACUCAAGAGCAUACGCUAUCUAGCUGUGGAGGAAAAGGGCUUCGCCCAAUGCGGAAUGCCUUCUUCAGACACAUACCAUCUCUCCAAGCCGCCCGAUUCCCACGUCGUCGAUGAAUCCGACUCCGACUUGGAGAUAGACCUCGAAGAACUCGACCCCCAGGCAACCGACCCCAAUAACCACCAGCAGUCCUUGGGGCAACACCGCAGCCGCAACUCGUCCGAACAACGCCCUCCUCCUCCAACAACAAGUAUAGCACUUCGCAAUCUUCGCAUGGGGAGUCUACGCCGUGGCGCCAAACGCAAUGGAUAUGGCGAGCUAGGCCGUAGCCGAGACGGAAACGACGACGACGACGCUCUGCUCCGCCAUGAUCGCCACUCGGUCGGUAGUGCCACCCACGACGAGGAUGCCGGCCUCCUCAGCGAACAUGGCGGUGGCGGCCGAAUGCGCACCAGCAGUGGAAGACGACGGAGGUCUUUCGCCAGUGACGGUCUUCGAAACAUCUCGAUGAAGCUACCAGGCUUCAUGUCGGGCGACCAGAGCAACCAUAACGACGAGCAGGAACAGGAGGAAGACGACCCCUCAUCGUCACGAUUAGUUGCAGUUGGCUCAUCCCAGUCUACCCGCUUCCCACCCAACAUCAUAUCCAACGCAAAGUACACAGCAUGGAGCUUUCUGCCAGUCACUCUGUACAACGAGUUCUCCUUCUUCUUCAACAUGUACUUCCUCCUGGUCGCCCUCUCCCAGGCCAUCCCCGCACUACGAAUCGGCUAUCUCUCCACCUACGUUGCACCCUUGGCAUUUGUCUUGUUCAUCACCCUAGCAAAGGAGGCUUACGACGAUAUCGAACGGAGAAGAAGGGACAACGAGGCGAAUUCCGAAGAGUACACCGUUCUACAGUUCGACGAUCCAGGAGCUAGUCUAGGCAUCAACCGGCCUAGGCGGAAGAUGAAAUCGUCUCAUACACGAAAGGGCUCUAAACGUCUUGGCAUUGAGCAGGAAAAUGACCGGUUAUCGGAUAUUCAGGAGGAGGAAGAACAGACUGAAGGUCGGGGUCUUCGCGAAUUGCCGGCAUCCUACCUAUCGGAAGUCAGCAAAAAGUCGCGGGACCUCAAGGUCGGUGACGUCUUGAAGCUUACCAAGGGCCACCGCGUUCCGGCAGAUGUUAUCAUUCUCAAGUGCUUGGCACACGAAUCAGCUGCCAACAAGGAGACCGAAGAGGAAGAAGUACCCGCGAAGGAGGAGAUGCUGCUCCUGGAUCAUGUCGAUGAUGACGAUGUUGGAGAGGGCAGUUCCAAGAAUGCGAAAACGUCCAAGGAGAGCAACAACAAUGGCGCCGAGGGAAGCUCUAGCGGCGAGACUUUUAUUCGGACCGACCAACUGGAUGGUGAAACUGAUUGGAAGCUGCGGUUGGCGUCCCCGUUAUCUCAAAAACUUAGCACUGAGGAACUAGUUCGUCUUCGUGUCACGGCCGGAAAACCUGACAAAAGGGUCAAUGAGUUCGUCGGAACAUUGGAACUUCUUCCUUCGCGACAGGAUGUCAUGAGCGGUGUCGCCUACAACCCUAGGGAGGGCGACGAUGUCAAGGCAGCGCCUCUCUCGAUCGACAACACGGCCUGGGCGAAUACGGUCAUCGCAUCGAAUGCGACAACCCUCGCAGUGAUUGUUUAUACCGGACCUCAAACCCGGUCAGCCCUGUCUACAUCACCUUCGCGAUCAAAGACCGGCCUUCUGGAGUAUGAGAUCAACUCACUCACCAAAAUCCUUUGCUUCCUGACGCUCUUCCUGUCUAUCGUUCUUGUUGCGCUGGAAGGCUUCAGCACGGCCAAGGGAAACAUCUGGUACGUGAAGAUCAUGAGAUUCUUAGUGUUAUUCUCCACCAUCGUCCCCAUUAGUCUCCGUGUCAACCUGGAUCUCGGCAAGUCUGUCUACUCAUGGUUUAUCCAAAGAGAUCCUGGGAUUCCCGGGGCCGUCGUGCGAACCAGCACGAUUCCGGAGGAUCUGGGACGGAUAGAGUAUCUACUGAGUGACAAGACGGGCACUCUAACCCAAAACGAAAUGGAAAUGAAAAAGAUCCACGUCGGCACUGUCUCGUAUGCCAACGAAGCAAUGGAUGAGGUUGCAACCUACGUGAAGCAGGGGUUUAACCUCAGCUCAUCGGCCUCUUCCGCAAGCUUGGCUUUGGCAACCCCGUCUUCAACAUACUCGGCCGCCAAUGUUGGUGCCACGAGGACACGCCGAGAGAUUGGGUCGCGUGUCCGUGAUGUCGUACUAGCUCUUGCCCUCUGCCACAAUGUUACCCCGACUUCGGAAGAAGACGAGAACGGUCACACCGUCAACUCAUACCAAGCCAGCUCGCCUGACGAGAUUGCCAUUGUAAAAUGGACCGAGUCCGUAGGCCUGCGUCUGGCCCACCGAGAUCGCAAGAACAUCGUCCUCGAAUCCGCCGAAACCGGCCGGCCAGUGGUCAAGGUUCGUAUUCUCGACAUUUUCCCCUUCACUUCGGAGGGCAAGCGCAUGGGCAUCAUUGUCCAGUUCUACGAAAAGCUCCAGCCCGGGAACCCCAGCCUCGGCAGCAGCGAGAUUUGGUUCUACCAAAAGGGUGCGGACACCGUCAUGAGCUCCAUCGUCGCUGCCAACGACUGGCUCGACGAAGAGACGGCCAACAUGGCGCGCGAAGGCCUCCGCACGCUCGUGGUCGGCAGGAAGCGUCUGUCUCUGAAGGAAUACCAAGAGUUCUCGGCCAAGCACCACGAAGCCUCGCUCGCCAUCAGCGGCCGCGAAGCCAAUAUGCAGGCUGUCGUCUCGCAGUAUCUCGAGCAUAACCUGGAACUGCUUGGUGUGACGGGCGUCGAAGAUAAGCUGCAAAAGGACGUCAAACCUUCUCUAGAACUUCUUCGAAACGCCGGCAUUAAAAUCUGGAUGCUUACAGGCGACAAGGUCGAAACCGCUCGCUGCGUCGCCGUGAGCUCCAAGCUCGUAGCCAGGGGUCAGUACAUCCACACGAUUGCCAAGCUCAGGAGGAAGGACGGCGCGCAAGAUAAUCUGGACCUGCUCCGAAGCAAGACCGAUUCCUGUCUGCUCAUCGAUGGAGAGUCCCUCGCCAUGUACCUGACCCACUUCCGACGCGAGUUCAUCUCCGUGGCCGUGCUCCUGCCGACCGUCGUGGCCUGCCGUUGCUCGCCUACCCAGAAAGCCGAGGUCGCCAAGCUAAUCAAGGAGUACACCAAGAAGCGCGUCUGCUGUAUCGGGGACGGUGGAAACGAUGUUUCCAUGAUCCAGGCUGCCGACGUGGGCGUGGGCAUUGUGGGUAAGGAAGGUCGUCAGGCUAGUUUGGCGGCCGACUUUUCCAUUGAGCAGUUUCAUCACUUGACCAAGCUUUUGGUGUGGCACGGUCGUAAUAGCUAUAAGCGCAGCGCAAAGCUGGCGCAGUUUGUCAUUCAUCGUGGCUUGAUUAUUGCUGUCUGUCAGACUAUGUACAGUAUUGCUCUCAAGUUUGAGCCGGAGGGUCUCUACAAGGACUGGCUGAUGGUAGGCUACGCAACAGUCUAUACCGCCUUCCCCGUCCUCUCUCUCGUCCUCGACAAGGAUGUAGACGAGGACCUUGCCAACCUGUACCCCGAGCUCUACAAGGAAUUAACCUCGGGUAGCUCUCUUUCCUACCGGACGUUUUUCGUUUGGGUCUUCGUCUCCAUCUAUCAGGGCUGUCUGAUCCAGGGCCUGUCUCAAGUCCUCACCGGCAUCGAUGGCCCCCGCAUGUUGGCCGUCAGCUACACGGUGCUGGUGCUCAACGAGCUGCUCAUGGUUGCGAUCGAGAUCACAACGUGGCAUUGGGUCAUGGUGGUCUCGAUUGUGGGGACGUUCUUGAUGUAUAUUGUCUCGAUACCAUUUUUGGGGGAUUAUUUUGAUUUGAAGUUUGUUUUGACUUUGGGCUUCUUAUGGCGCGUGGCUGCUAUCGCUGCUAUCUCGCUCAUCCCGACGUAUGCGGCCAAGGUGAUUAGGAGGACGAUGAAACCGCCUUCGUAUAGGAAGGUUCAGGGGAUAUAAGAGUUAGAUGUGGGCAAAAGAAAGAAGAAAAGGAAGAUGAAGAGGCUUGAGCUGGGAUGGGAGGCAGUAGAUUGGAAUUGAAAAAAACAUAGUGUCGAGGCCGGCGUCUCUUGUUUUUCUCUUUGUUGACUUUUAUAAACACUAGACGUCCUACAUACAUACCUCUACACAGUUGGUAUAGCGCUGAUACUACCAUUAGUAUCUCGACACCUC